AUGUCCGCGGCGGAAAAUCCUUACCAAACCUACGAAGCCCUCAGGGCCGCCCGGACCACGGUGGCUGGCGCACCCAACAGCGCCAAGCUGGUCUUCAUGCCGGUGCAGGGCACCGUGCAGAGCGCCAUCGAGGUUCUGUCCAACCCAGGGGACCCAGACACGCGGACGGCUUACUACGACCAGGCGGCCGGGACGUACCACCCCGUCAGCGCGCUGCCUAUCUCGGAGCCCAAGGUGUCGUCCAUCACCGUGCACGUGUCGGAGCUGGAGGACUGGGAGGAGAACUGGCUCAACGUGCACGAAGAGCACUCGGAGCCGGACGCGCCGGACGCCCCUCCCAAGGCGUGGGACGGCCGGGACGGCGGCUUCGUCACCGUGCACGACUACGUGAGCGCGCUGCACCCGUGGCUGGUGCGGCUGCGGGGCGGCAUCCUCGGCGCGAUGGGCACGGCGGACGGGCUGGACGAGCCGCUCGGGAACGAGACGGACCUGGUGGUCAACUGCGACGCGCUGCACAGCCUGAUGAUGGAGCUGCGGACGUCUUGGAUUGGGCACAGGAAGGGGCUGGACGUCCGGGAGGCGGUUGGGGGCAGGCUCCGCACCAGUGAGAUUGUCGCGUCCGAGUAG